AUGGGGGACUUCUUCAUUUGCCAGGCCCGCAGUACGCGACUCGAAGGAGGCGCUGGUUUCGUCACCCUUGCGGAGGUGGGAGUGACGGGUCUACCGUCGAAGCCCGGCGAAGCUAGAGGUCAGAGCGACGAACCGUCCUUGGAGGAUCAGGAUAUCGCAGAUCUACGAUUGAGCUCAAUGUGUGAUUAG